GGUUCUUCCCGGCUAUGGCGCUUGUAGCUGUGGCAUCGCAGUGGUCUCCACAGCGGCGGCUGGACCAGCCGCGCGAUUGGGGAUGGAGGAAUGCAAUGGUACGAGUGGAUUCCAGGCGCCUCCGCGGAGCUCGGGCAGCCAUGUCCGUAAAGAUUUCUUCUUCUCCUUGUUCUUCCAGGCGGAGAGCCGAGUGGGAAUUCGACCCGCUGGGGAUCUGCGAGCCAGCGAAUGGAAAUUUCGUCGCGGCCUGGGGAGAUUUGUGCGUUGUUGCGAUGAAAGCGAUUGGCAAUAAGCAAACUUCUGGAAAGCAAUCCACUGGAAAGGGAAUUGCGGCUGCCAUCGAGGAUAGCUCGAUCGAUUUCGGGGAUUUCUUUCGAGGCAAGCUUCCCGGGAAGUUUUUACUGCUCUUGGGGUGGCUAGCUUUGUCAAGAGUCGGGACAUAUAUCCCUCUACCGGGAGUUGACAGGGCAGCCUUCUCUGGAAGCAUGACCGAUAACAGUUUGUUUCGGACGCUCGACGCCUUCUCCGGUGGUGGAAUCGGAAGGCUCGGUGUGUGCUCGCUCGGGAUAGUUCCGUUCAUCAACGCUCAAAUCUUGUUCCAGCUGCUUGGAUCGCUCUUCCCAGAACUCGAGAGGCUCCAAAAGAAAGAAGGCGAAGCUGGAAGGAAGAAAGUUCUCCAGUACACGCGCUACGCCUCGGUUGCCUUCGCCAUUUUCCAGGCUAUUGGACAAGUUCUCUAUAUCCGCCCUUACGCCGACGACUUUAGCUUGGGGUGGAUCUUCACUUCUAUAUCCCUGCUUACCAUUGGUGCUGUUCUUACGUCCUACAUUGGAGAGAGGAUAUCAGACAUCAAGCUUGGGAAUGGCACUUCGCUUUUGAUUUUCACCAACAUCAUAUCAUCUUUGCCUGCCUCUGUCGGACGAACAAUAGACCAAGCACUCAAGGAUGCCAAUUACGCUGGCCUUGGUACCAUUGGUCUUUCGUUCUUCUUGCUCGUGCUUGGAAUAGUUUAUGUGCAGGAAUCUGAGCGAAGAAUUCCUUUGAAUUAUGCUUCGAGAUACAGUGGAGGGCUUCAAAAAUCUGCAUACCUUCCGUUUAAAAUUAACAGCUCGGGUGUGAUGCCGAUAAUCUUUUCAACAUCGGCACUAGCUCUCACGUCCUCCGUAGCUCGAUUCUCUGGAGCUACAGGUUUUAACAACAUAGUAGCUACAUUGAAUCCAGGAGGAUCAUUCUACCUUCCCACGAACGCAGUGCUCAUUGCGUUCUUCAACUAUUUCUACACGUUUUUGCAGCUAGAUCCUUCGGACGUGAGCGACCAACUUAAGCGUCAAGGCGCUUCUAUCCCGUCGGUCAGGCCGGGAAAAGCCACAGCCGCAUUCAUCGAGACAGUCCUCACACGGAUUUCAGUGUUGGAUUCCACCUUUCUAGUGAUCAUGGCUGUGUCUCCUGCUGCCGUGGAAUGGUUAACACACUUGACCGCUUUCAGGGGAUUUGCAGGAACAUCAAUCCUGAUUCUCGUCGGCUGCGCUACUGAUACCGCCAGAAAAGUGAAAGCGGAGCUUAUCUCGCAGAAGUACAGGGUCUUAGACUUCACCAGCGACACCUGAUUUGUUCAUUCUCUUUUGCUCAAGAAAUAGUCUAAUUGUCUGAAGUUUCAGAUUAGGAUGGAAAAUGCUUCUGGAAAUUCAUAUUUGCAUCUUUAGUGCUCCAAAGGUAAGGCCUUCUUCAGGAACGAGAUAAUCAAACCACGAGAUGUCGCUGUUUGUAUAUCGUUUUUCAUUUUCCGGGUAACAAUGACCUCGGGUAAUAAUGAAAUACCUGAUUAGAGGCA